AGUGGCUGGUUCAGCCAAAGACAGCACACACACACACACACACACACACACACACACACGUUGAUCUGGUCUAGUGAAGGAAAGUGCAUGAAGGAAUAUGAGGAGAACUCCGCACGGACGCUCUGCCGGGAUUAUUCCCUGCCUGUACGGCCUGUCUCCUGAAAGGGGACCGGGGUCCAGUGUGCAGGGCCUAGAUGGCGCGAGGGCUCGUACAGUAGGUUUUCACUCAGGAGUGAAGAGAGCCGGCACACGAUGCUAUGAGUCCGUCCGAAUCCGCCUCAUCAAUCAAGCCGUCCUGUAUGUCCUCAGCUGCUGCUGCUGCUGCUGCUAAGACCACGACGCCCACCUGCCUUCUUCAGAUGCCACAGGAAUUAUGGGUAGUGUCAGCAGUCUGAUAUCGGGCCACAGCCUCCACACUAAACACUGCAGGGCUUCAGAGCCCAGGCUGAAAAAGAACUGCAGGAAGGCCGGCCGGAGCCUGGACGGCCUGCUGAAACAUGGCUUCACUGACCACACCGCCUCCAACAACAACUCAAAGACCGGCUACAAGUCCGGCAGGAGCGAGGACUUCUUCUACAUCAAGGUGAGCCACAAACCCAGAGCGGCCGAAACCGACCCAAAAAGAGGAGCAACGCCGGAACUGGAGAAGGGUGCAGAAAAGUCCUUGAUCCGUCCCACAGCCUUCAAGCCAGUUUUACCUCGCAGCAGCAGCUCGUCAGUGGAGACCCAUAACAACCUGAGCACCAUCCUGGGAUCAAGGAUCAGCCCCAUCGACCGCCCCAAAGAUGCACAGGACCCAAAACAGGAGAACAGCUCAGGAACACUUUCGGACUCAGGCAGGAACUCCAUGUCCAGUCUUCCAACCCAUAGCACCAGCGGCAGCAGCCAGAUGGAAAAUCUAAGCACAUCUACUGGUCAUCUCCUGCGUUAUGGAGGCUCCUCGCCAAACUCAGGCUUGGUAAAUGGGAACUCUGGAUCCAACUGGGCAGACAGUGGUGGUGUUAAAGGAGAUAGUGGUCCUGCAAAGCCCAGCACCAGAUCUAUUGGUGUGUUGAGUGAGGAUCUAACUGGACCGGUAAGUUUUAACGUGGAGGUCACUCCGGUUGAUCCAGAAGUGACCCUAGAUCCAAGCCCCACCAAAUCUAAUGGCGGUGGCGUCCGUUCUCCAAUCACCACGGAUGAAUCUCUGAUCCAGCAGCUAGAGAAAAAGCUUCUGGAGCGCGAGUCGGAGCUGGCGGAGCUGCAGUUGUGUUUUGAGGAGAAGGAGUCAGAUACCUGCCAGCUUUUUGAAGAGAAACAGCGCUACUGUGCGGAGGAGAUGGCCGGCCUGAAACAGCGUUGCUCCACCAAACUCCGACAGGUAUCUCAGCGUGCUUUGCGGGCACAGCAGCUCCUCCAGCUGCAGGUGAUUCAGCUCCAGCAGGAUAAGGAGCGCUUGCAGGAGGAAGUGUACCAGCUAACGCAGGAAAGAGAGGCAACUGAAAAUCAGCUGAGGAGCUACAGGAGCCAGCAGACACAAUUAGCACCAACACUGGAGGAGACGCAGUGGGAGGUGUGUCAGAAGGCAGGUGAGAUCUCUCUGCUGAAGCAGCAACUGAAGGACACUCAGGCUGACGUUGUGACUAAGCUGAGUGACAUAGUGAGUCUGAAGGCCUCUCUGAGAGAUGCGGGGAGCAGGAUGGAAGAGCUGGAGCAGAAGAACCGGGACUGUGAGGAGGCUCUGCACACACGCAGCACCGAGCUGGAGGUGUGUCAGAACGAGCUGCAGAGGAAGAAGAACGAGGCCGGCCUGCUGAGAGAGAAGGUGGGCAGGCUGGAGACGGACAUUAAGGGCAUGAAGCAGGAGCUGGCCGUGGCUAAAGAGGAGCAGGUCCAGCUGCUGAGCCUGAGAGCUAAACUGGAGGAGCAGCAGCUGCAGCUACAGAUCCGGAAGGCCAAGAUGGAGGUGUUCGGAGUGAAGGAAAGGUCAGGAGAGGUCAGAGACAGGUCCAUCGACAUGGACGCCCUCCAGACGGAGGUGGAGAGGCUGAGAGGACAGCUGAGGGAGGAGAAGGAGAAGAAAAGCAAGCUGGUGAGCAGCUUCCAGCAGGAGAGAUACACGUGGAACAAGGAGAAGGACAAAGUGAUCCGGUACCAGAAGCAGCUGCAGUACAACUACCUGCAGAUGCACAGGAAGAACCAGGACUUGGAGAAGAUCCUCAGAGAGCUGACCGCCGAGAUGGACAGCAGGACAGAACUGGACGUGGACGCCCACAGUCCGGAGCUACGCUGCAAUGAACUCGUAGCCACUCAAAUAUGAGGGCACAAGAGACAGAGGGGCUGCCGGUCAAAUGUUUGGGGACACCUGGCUUUGCAGAAGUGUUUUCUUUGCUAAGUUUACAAUAAUUUUCUCUAUGUAACAAUAUUACACACUUAAAGGGGAAUUUCACCAAUUUUCAACAGCUUUGAGGCGUAAACACGGUCAUUCAGAGUGGUUUGGUGUGAAGUUGAUCAUUGCCAGCAGUGGACGAAGUCCACAAACCCAGUCCUGGAGUUAAAGUCGAGACCCCCAAGGUAAAAUAUUCCUCCAGUAAAGUAGAAGUUCCUCCUUUAGACCUCCACUGGAGUAAAAGUACUAAAGUAUUCACCUUCAAAUGUACUUAAGU